CUGUGUGUUGUGUCAUCACGUACGCGCGGUGUUGGACAAGAAGAGGUGAAAUAAUGUAAAUGUGAUUUUUAUUUUUCUUGGACAGAUAAUAGCGUGAUUUUCGGAACCUGCAAAGCGGAUUUUGCAAAGAUUACACAGAGAAGGACAUAAUUUAAGUUCAAUAUUCCAGUCAUGAGGGACAGACUUGGACAUCUCCAGGCAGUAUCACUGUCUAAUGGCACUGCAGCAGACCAUGAAACUGCCCAAGCUCUCUCUCCAUCAGAAAACACAGACUAUGUUGACCCUCCUCAGGACCCCAGCACCAACCCUGACAUGGAAGCUGUCUUUGAUGAGGCACAGGAGGCUCGCCGUCAGAUUCAGUACAUCCGCCUGGAAGUUAAGCGUCUCAGGGAGCGAAACUCGCAUAUUUUUACAGGCACAGUCUGCUCUAGUGCUUCUAAUACCUGUGACUCUAAUGCUAUUGCAGCUGACAUCAAAACUCGUGGACAGGAGAUGCUCGUGCACCUUCGCAAGAUGGAUUCCCACAGGAAAGAGUUAGAGGGAAAGUAUGGCGUCAAUUCACCGGUGACGAGAAUCGCCCGAACACAGUACGCCAGCUUAAGCAACAGUUUCCGUGAUGCCAUGGUGGAGUACAAUGACGCUGAGAUGAGCCAUAGGGAGUCCUGCAAGGCGUAUAUUCAACGGCAGAUGGAGAUUGUGGGCCGAGAGGUCACAGGUGACCAGAUCGAAGAGAUGUUGGAGAGCGGUCAGUGGAACAUCUUCAGUGAGAACAUGGUUUCAGAAGGUAAAACGGCACAGUCUGCACUCAUCCAGAUCGAGAGCCGACAUACGGAACUGCUACAGUUGGAGAGACGCAUUCAGAGCCUUCAUGAGGUUUUUCUGGAUGUGGCCAUGUUAGUAGAAGAGCAGAAUUCAAUGAUAGACUACAUUCACACCAAUGUUCAGUCAACUGAGAUGGAGGUCAGGGACGUCCUUGUGAAGCUGGAGCGAGCCAAGAGACAUGAUAGGAGCAAUCCGUUUAAGAAAAUGUUCUUCCGGAAACGAUGACAUGGACACAGAUAUCACAAUGUCAAAAAAUGCAUACUAAGUAAUCAGCUUUUUUUGUUUAUUUUAUAAUUUUUUGUUCCUAUUCCUUAUUUUUGCUAAUUUAUAUUCAUCUUUGUGUGUGUGGGGGUUGAAACCCGAAGUAUCUCAAAUAUUUACAUUUUGUUUAUUAUAAACAUGCAUUUUUACAGCUUGCAGUUGUGGCAAAUAACUCAUUUUGUGCCUUUGGAGAUUUGGAAAUCCUUUUUUCUGUGGUUUGCCCUUCAUCAAGUGUUUAUUCUUAUGUAAAAUAUAUCUUGUCAAUAUAACUGUAAAUUUUUUAGAUAAGUUAGGUAUUGGAUGAUGGUUAGUUGUAAUGGAUUCAACUAUUUCAUGUGUACACAAAUGUUUUAUCAGCUAUGUCUCAUUUGGUGUGCAUUCAUUCAAAGUUUUGUAGCAUAUGUCAUAAAUUAGAGUGUAAUUUUGUUACCCUAAUUAGAUCCCAUGUGCCCACCUCGUGUGAAACGUGAUGUCCCCUGCUCACAACUAUUAAAAUAACACAUGCCAAGAUACAAAAAACUUUUCUGACUAUAUUGUAAAGAAAGUUGCUAAAAGGAUGUUGCUAUAUAAUACUUUGUUAAAAUUUUGUUCCAGGGACAACUGUGUAAUGUAUGGUGAUGCGUAAUAAACAGGAAGAUGUAAUGUAAAUUCUGUUCUGUUGACCCAUACACUUCUGUUCAAAGGUUUGGGGUCAGACUUAUUUUUUUGAAAGAAAUUAAUACUUUUAUUAAGCAAUGAUGCAUUCAAUUAAUCAAAGGUAACAGUAAACACAUAAAUAAUUGUUUAAAAGAUUUUUAUU